AUUUUUUAGUACUUGGGAAACAGAAUCCCGCUCAUUUUUGACAAAUUAAGGAGCUUAAUACAAUUCAAUAGUCUCUUACUUCCCUGUCCAGUAUCUGUGAUGGGAACGUUAAGAAUUGUGGAUUGUUGAUUCUUUAAACAUUUCGUUCCCAGAAUUCUCCAUGGUCAAAAUGUCUAGUUUUUAGUAUUUGUAAGUUUCGUUUCUAUGUUCCUGUUUGAAAUCAUCUUGUUUCAGUCGUGAAAAGGCUCCAUGUUACAUGUAACUGACUCAUCGAUGAAAAGAUUUGUGUAUGAGAUAUGGCGUGACGAGAAUCCGGCAGCAAUGCUACUCCAGAAACUUGUCAAGAACAAGAAAUCUAUUGUCAUUGAUUAUUCUUCCCCAAAUAUUGCCAAACAAUUUCAUGUUGGCAAUUUCAGAUCCACAGUUAUUGGGCGCUAUAUCGAUACAAUAAAUAGAGCUGCUGGCAAUAAAGUUAUGUCUAUCAACUACAUCGGUGACUGGGGAUUGCAGUUUGCACUGAUUGCUGCUUAUUGGCCCAUGAUGAAACCCUCUCAAGAGGAAUGGUCUGCGUGGAACACCAUGCAAAGGCUCACUCUAUUAGCUAAAUGCUAUGUUGAAGCGAACAAAUCAGCUGAGCGUUCUAACAGUUUUCUACAAAGAGCUCACGAUAUUCUCGCCAGCAUGGAAAACUCGCUGUUAACUGCUGGCACCAGUGAGCAUUUAUCAUUCUGGCAAAGUGCAAGGCAGUUAUCGCAUGAACAGUUGCAUCGUUUUUAUAGACGUAUCAACUUAUCAAUGGAUGUGGAAUAUUUUGAGUCCGAUUUUGUUGUUUCUGCUCAUCAAUUAAUUGAUCGUAUGUUACGAGAAGGACAAGCCGAAAACGGUGGUAAUGGUGCUAUUUCGGUCAGAUGCAAGGAAUUGGAUAAGCCUAUCAUUAUCAGAAGGCCCAAUAACACUACUCUUUAUUUGUCCAGGGAUUUAGCUUCGGCUUUGUUACGGGAGCAGCUAUACGCAGCGGAUGAGUAUUUGUAUGUGGUUGAUCAUGCACAGCGACAACAUUUUAACAACUUGAAGUACCUUUUGAAUGCCAUGGGACGGAACGACAUUGGUGAUAAAAUACAACAUGUCUCAUUUGGACGCGUAAAGGGCCUUUCUACCAGACUAGGAGAAGUUGAAUUGGUAAGUAAAAUAUUGGAUCAUGGUUUGGAGCUUGCAAAAUCUUUUAUUACCAAAUCUAAAACAAUGAAAAUUGGCCAGGAUGAAAUUUCUCAAGUCGCAGCUAAUUUAUCACUUGGAACAAUGAUAAUCGAUGAUCUCAAGAGAGCACGAUCCACCGAUUACUCAUUCUCAUUCGACAAGGCAUUUCAAAUGAAUCAAAAUAAUGCGCUUCUUCUACAGACGAAACACAGCCGACUAAUGUCAAUCGAGGAACGGAAUCACACCUUAAAGCAGGACCUGAUGGAGAGAUUUGAGGGGGAUUUCGAAACGAAUGAAGCGAGUUGGCGUCUUUUGAAACAGUUCAAAGCAUUUCCUGAUGUUCUGUACGCUAGCUACCAAGAAAUGGAACCCUGUCGGUUAACCGUGUACUUACUGCAGUUGGCAAACAUUGUGGGCUUCGCUUCCUGUAUUCUUCGGAUAUCAAGUGAACCAAUAGAGGUUGCAAUACCACGCCUUUUAUUGUUAUCAACUGCGCGAAAAAUUCUGAAUAGUGGGAUGCGUCUAUUGGGUAUGGAGCCACUGAAGAAAAUGUGAUUGCGAAUAUAUCUACAAACUUUGGUUGUGUAUCAUAAAAUCUCUUUUCAUUUCGUUUUCAUGCUCUGAACUUCUUAAAAUAAAUGUUUAAAUACCA